CGGGCUGUUGCCGCACUCGCGCCGCGGGCGGGUGGGUUUCAGGCAGCAUUUUUCUUUUAAAUAAGAGAUCGUUAAUAUUAAUAUCAUAGAGCUAGAAUUUGCUUACAGGCAGGGCUUUUAUUUUAAAGAACAGAACUAUUUUUGCAAUAGAAAUAUAGAAAUGUAUAUUAAUAUAUCUGGAUAUAUAAAAAGAUAAAAUAUAAAUAAAUAGAAGUCAUAGGAAGAAGAUAUUUAAUAUAGAAUCGAAAUAACAUCAUGCAUCAAUAUACAUGAGAAAUGGGAAUGUGAAAAGUAUAAAUAUGAAAGAUAGUUCUAGAGAGUUUAAAAGAAAAGGAUUUUGGAGGGGUUUUAUUGGGUUAGAGGCAGUGUGUUUUAGUUUGUGUGCGGGUGGUUUCGGGCCAUUUAUUUUUCAGGAUUUUUCCAAGGGGAUCGCCCCUGUUCUUUUCUGCCUCCCUUCCCUCCGGGCGAGCGGCAGCCCCCGGCUGUGGCCGGCGGCGGUGCUGCCGCCUUGUGGACAGAGAGCGGUACUGCAGCCCCCCCCAGCCAGCGCCCUGCCCCUCGCCGCUGGGUGCCGGCUGAGGGGGGAAGGACGGCUGCCGAGCGUGGGAAGGGCGAGGCGCGGGAGGGAGCGAGCGGCAAGCGGGGCGGUGUCUGUAAAUAGAGGGGAGGGGUGAAGGAGAUUCGGGAGAGCAAAGGGACCCGAUGACCGAGAAGAAGGGCAGCGGCGAGGGCGGCCCGGCGGGGCCGCUUUCGGCGGGCGGCGGAGGCGCGGUCGCAGCGCUCACGGGCCGGGGGCGGCGGGCGGGGGGCGAGCGGCGUCGGAACAGGGCUGCACUCCCCUUUCCCGAUCCCCGCGCGCGUCCCUCUCUAGACGCUGGAAGCGACCGCGUGCCGGAAAAUGCCGCCGGGGCGGCGCGCAGGCGGCGGAGCGGGGCCCCGGCUUUCCCCGCCCCUCCUGCCGCCAUCUUUGGAAGGUCAAGCGAGCCGUCCCCGUCCCGCCGCGUCGCUGUCUCGUCCCGCCGCGUUCCCGCCGCGUUCCCGCCGCCUCCCCGUGCUUCCCCGCCGUCUCCACUCUGACACGAUCCGCCCCCGUCCCGGACCCCCUCCGCUGCAGGGAAAUGCAGGAGAACGCGAAAGCAUCGGGGCAGAGCAGCCGCUGGAGGUGCCCGAGCCGUCUCCCCCUUGCCCGCAGGGCCGGAGUUGCCCACCGCCGGCAGCUGACAGGUCCGUGCUGGAGAGUGGGAGAAGGGUCCCUGCUGGCUGCCGUGUCCUGGGUGGGCACAGAGCUCUGACCUUGGCCAGAUGGGCUGUUCGGUUUCUUUCUCACAGGUUUCCGGGUGUUUUGAUCCUGACGUCGCCAAAGCCUCAGGCUUCUCUCCCUGGGCCCUUGCCGUUGCCGUAUCUCUUGGAUGCCGUGCAGAACGGAAUCAGGCAGCCAAGCCUCAGGUUCACCUUCUCCCUCACCCUCUGCGCUGCUCGUGUGGCACAGCAGAUCCUGAAGCCAGAGGAGCACGUGUACAUAAGGGUAAAGAGAUUCCUUCUGUCACACCGGUGUUUGGACCUGAGGAAGGUACCAGGUUUUCUCCAGCUUUUCUACAGUUUUGAUUUUGAGCGCACAAGGAGUUGUGCUGCGUAUGCUCUGUGAGCACAAGAAAAGAAUGUUCUGCCCCGGCUAGCUACAAUUCCUCUUUGAGUUUAGGCUAGUAACUUGGAGUUCAACUGAAGUAUUUUAGAAACAGCAACUUCUAAAAUUCCAUUUCCACUGCAUGUUUGGGCUGCAGACUGACUGUUCCCAAUGGAUGUUAGCGAUUAAAUUUGAUAGGAAUGGAAAAUUGAGAAGUCCAGAAGAAGCUGUGUACAAAACAGCACGAGUGGAUCCUCAGAUUUCUUGGGGAAGGGCUGCGUGACAAACAUUGCUGUGAGCUCUAUGUCUACCAGAGGAUUUUCCGGGUCAUUCUUUCCUUUCUCAGCAGUCCUUUGUGUGACCAGGGCUCCCAGAGUCCUAUUCUGGAGAUACGACAGAGUGCUGCUGCCCGUGUCACCUCUAGAGCUGCCCAUGAGCCGAUAGAGGAUCACAGCCUCCUCUCGUGGGUCCUGCACGGCUUAGAGAAAAGGUUUCUGGAGAACCAGGUGAUAAAUAAAAUGAUUUCCUUACUCCAUCCUUUGUGGCUAAUAAAUUUAGGAGACAAGAGAGAAAACAGGAAUCGAUCCCAGAUGCUGCUGUUGAGAUGGGUAUAUGAUCUACCUGUAUAUAGAUAUAUGCGUAUCUCUGUAUAUCUGUGUAGUGAUAAUAAUGGGAGUUUUUAUGAUACGUUGCUUUACUGUCUUAUAUUUUAAUAAAGCGUGAUUUUAAGUUAUUAGGUAUAACAUUUUAUUCUGCUUAUUGGCUAAAGUAACAUUUUCUUGUAUUUGAUUGGUAUCAAGUCAUGUUAAUCAUUAAUUGGUAAGAGUUUAUAAUGAAUUAUUAAGGUGUGAAUAUUGUUCAUUAAGGUACGUCUUUUUUUUACUGUAGGUAUUUUCAUGUGUUCGUAUGGGUUUUUAUGUUAAUGAUUUUGGGUUUUUGUGUUAUGAAUAUAUUAGUAUUUUAUUAGGGUUUUUUUGGUUAGUUUACUUGUUUGGUGUGUAGAUCACUCCUGUUAAGUAUGUUUAUCUAUAUAUGUUUUAAAAUGUAAGUUAUAAAUCUACUUGUUAAGGAUUUUUGUAGAGUUCUAUGUAAAAAUUUAAAUCGGUAGGGGAGAUAAAAAGCACUAAUUAUUAAUAAGAUGAGUAUUUUAGUUUUUAAUAAUGAUUUAAGUUAUUCAGCGAUGUUUUAAUUUUUGAAAAUAUUAUUUAGUUAUUUUUUAUGUGUGAUUGAUUAAUUUUAAAAAAAAAAUUAGUAAUGUUUUUGUAAAUUGAUUUCUUGUGAUUUCAUCAAUUUAUAUAUUUUUAAAAAUGUUUUCUAUUUAUGAUUGUGUGUGAAUAAUAAAAAAUGAACAGUUGUUUUAUUUUGUAAGGUAGUAUGUUUAAAGAUGUUCAUAUUUGGCAGUAAUUUAUUUAACGUUAUACAUGUGUUAUUGUUUGAUUUGGUUGGUUAAUAAGUAAGUUCAUUUGAUGUGCUUCAAGUGUGAGUUGUAGUUAUUUUAGGUGUUAAAAGAGAUGUAGAACUAAUAGAAUUAGGUUGUUAAAAGGUUGUACGAUUUUGAUCCUGAGAAGUAAAUUUGUGUUGGAGUGAUUGGGUAUUUUUAGGUGGGUGUUCUUUUUUUGGGUUUUUUUUUUUUGUUUGUUUUUUUCUUUUUUUUUUUUUUUUUUUUUUUUUUUUUUUUUUUUGUGUUUUGUUUUUUUUUUUUUUUAUAUGUAUUAUUGUUAUGUUUGGUCUUAGUGGGUUAAUUGUUUUAAAUUGUAGGUUUGCUGUUUUUAGGUAACUUCUUUGUGGUUUGGUGUGGUUUGGGGGUUGUUUUGUAACUAAAUAUUGUACAAGUAUUUGUUUGUAAUGAUUUGAGUAAUUUUACUUUUGGUGGUUUACCUGUCAUUUGGGGUAUGAGUGUAUAAAUGUUAUUUGAAGAGUUUA